AUGGCUGCUAUGUCCGUAAUCGGAAUUGACUUUGGUAACGAAAGUUGUUAUGUAGCUGUAGCACGCGCUGGAGGCAUUGAAACUAUAGCUAAUGAUUAUAGUCUUCGAAAUACACCAUCAUGUGUAGCAUUCAGUGGCAAAAAUCGAAUUCUUGGUGUGGCAGCUAAGAAUCAGAUGGUGACCAAUAUGAAAAAUACCAUUCAUGGAUUUAAGAGAUUAUUGGGUAGAAAAUAUAAUGAUUCACAGGUACAAAGAGAGCUUCAAAUGUUACCUUUCAAGGUAACUCAUCAGCCAGAUGGAAAUACCGGAAUACAUGUACAAUAUUUAGGAGAAGAACACAUUUUCUCACCUGAACAAGUAACUGCAAUGUUAUUUACAAAAUUGAAGGGUAUAUCUGAGACUGCUCUUCAAACUAUUGUUAAUGAUUGUGUUAUUUCUGUUCCUUUAUAUUUUACACAAGCUGAACGUCAGGCAUUGCUUGACGCUGCACGAAUUGCUGGUUUAAAUGUUCUUAGAUUAUUUAAUGAAACAACAGCUACUGCUUUGUGCUAUGGUAUUUAUAAACAAGAUUUACCAGCACCUGAUGCACCUCCAAGACAUGUAGUAUUUGUUGAUUGUGGAUAUGCGAGCUUACAAGUAAGCAUUUGUGCAUUCCAUAAAGGAAAGCUCAAAAUGAUAGCAAGUUCUUCUGAUAGUCAAUUAGGUGGAAGGAAUAUAGAUUCUAUUUUAGCAGAACAUUUUUGUAAAGAAUUUCAAUCACGAUAUAACAUUGAUCCUCACACUAAUCCACGUGCAUAUGUAAGACUACUAGGAGAAGUAGAAAAAUUAAAAAAACAAAUGUCAGCUAAUUCGACAACGCUUCCUCUUAAUAUUGAAUGUUUCAUGGAUGAAAAAGAUGUACAUGGUGAUAUGAAACGGGCAGAUAUGGAAGCAAUGUGUGCACAUUUAUUUAAACGCGUUGAAUCAACUUUACGUCAAUGCUUUGAAGAUUCUAAAUUAAAGUUAGAAGAUAUUCAUUCGGUUGAAUUAGCGGGUGGUUCUAGUCGCGUUCCUGCAAUCAAACGUUUGGUUGAAGAAGUUUUUGGUCGUACUGUAUCUACGACAUUAAAUCAAGAUGAGGCAGUUGCACGAGGAUGCGCACUUCAGUGUGCAAUGUUGAGUCCCGCUGUUAGAGUUCGUGACUUCUUAGUAACUGAUAUUCAACCAUAUCCUUUAAAAUUAACAUGGGAUCCUACACAAGGAGAAGAUGGUGAAAUGGAAAUUUUUGGACACAAUCAUCCUGUGCCGUUCUCAAAAACAUUGACGUUUUACCGCUCAAAUCCAUUUAUAUUAACUGCUAGCUAUUCUGUACCACCACCAUCAUAUUCACAAACUUACAUUGGUACAUACGCAAUAAAGAACGUGAAACCAACACCAGAAGGUGAGUUUUCGAAAGUAAAAGUAAAAGUAAGGAUAAAUUUGAAUGGAAUCCUUACUAUUGUCUCGGCUUCGUUGAUCGAGAAACGUGAACUUACACAACAAGAAAAGGAAGAAGAAGAAAAACAGCAACAACAACAACAACAAAAUAAUAUGGAUAUCGAUCAACAACAAGACAAGAAAGAUAAGUCUGAUCAAGAAGCACAAGCAAAUGAACCACCGGCACCUGAAGUGAGCAUGGAUAAAACGCGACGGAACUCAGAUGCUGAUGAUGGUGGAAGAGGUGCGAGGGGUUCUGCCCCUUCCUACUCCUCCAGGAUUCUCUCUUGGCUCAGCUCGGGUGACGAUAAAAAUGAUGAAAGCAAAAAUAAAAAGAAAGUUCCUAUUCGUACUAUUGAUUUACCAGUGGAUAUGCGUGAAUGUGGACUUUCUCAACGUGACUUAGAUGCUGCGUUAGAAAAAGAGGCCAAGAUGAUUGCCGAAGAUAAACAAGAAAAAGAACGUAUUGAUGCCCGUAAUGCAUUAGAAGAAUAUGUUUAUGAUUUACGUGCUAAGUUAUCGGAGGAGGAUCAGCUGUCCACAUUUAUUACAGAAACGGACAAAGAAUCACUUUGCCGUACGUUAGAUGAAACCGAAAAUUGGUUGUACGAGGAAGGUGAAGAUUGUCAACGACAAAUCUAUUCAGAACGAUUAACAUGUCUUAAAUCACAAGGUGAACCAAUCAAAGAAAGACGAAUGGAAUUUGAAGGCAGAGGCCAUGCACUAGAUGAAUUAGCAGGAGCUUUACAACUUGCUAAGAAAGGGGUAGAUCUCAUUAGAGCAUCCAAUGGAAAAGAUGAUAAAUAUUCUCAUUUAACAGAAGAAGAGAUAAAAAAGGUUGAAAAAGCAGUACAAGAAAAGUGGACGUGGCUGGAAGAAAAACGUGUACUGCUUGCCGGUACACCUCGUACACAACAACCACCAGUUACUGUAGCUCAAAUCCGUGGAGAGAAACUGACAUUGGAUAGUAUUGUAUUACCAAUUUUAAAUAAACCAAAACCUAAAGUUGAGCCACCAAAAGAAGAGAAAUCUAAAGACAAAACCACUGAAGAUCAAAAAAAUAAUCAAAGUAGUCAAGGUGAUGGUCACUCUCAGACCAAUCAACAACAACCCCAAGAAGAAAAAAUGGAUGUUGAGUAA